AUGCCUUCCAGGAUGGUCGGGGGCUCACAGCCUCUUGAUAAGUGUCUCUCGCCAGUUCCUGAGUCCCCACAACUGCGGGAUUCAUGGCAGUCCCUCCAGAACUUGUCAGCCUCACUGGAUCAGGGCCUUGGCCCUCAGGCCACACUCGAACUGAUCCGGAAUCACUCAAAACUCAGCCGGGCGCCUCACACCGACAACCCAUUUGCAGACCCGGACGACUGCGCAGACUUGAUCGAACGCACAGAAAGCCAGAUCAAGCAGACAUACACGUCCCUGGCUGAUUUCAUUCUCGAGAAACCAGAAGCAGCCCUGCGGGUCCUCAGUGUUGAUAGAUACAUCUCACAUGACUACCUGAGGCGGUUUGUGAGCGAGUUCUGUCUCCCCAUCGGGGCUGAAGGGCCACGCAAGCCAGUCGUGUCCAUUGCGCUGCCCAAUGGUCCGCUGCUGGCUGCCAUGUGUAUGGCUGUAACGACUCACUACAUCGCCUCUCCCGUCAACCCGGCCGCGGGCGCAGAGCAGUUUGAAGCAGACGUUGUCCAGGCUGGUGCCAAGUGCAUCCUGACAACGCAAGACGACUUCCAGAAGCUUGGGCUCGAGGGAGGAUGGGUCGCAGAUAAUGGCAUCCUGGUGCUGCUGGUCGACCUGGACGAAGACAUGAAAAUCUCCAUCACGGCUCCUGACGGAACAACUGUUGCGGCUGAACAGUCUGCAGCCCCGAAUGGACCUGAUGACAUUGCUCUGAUUUUGUUUACCAGUGGAACAUCGGGCAAGAAGAAGGUCGUCCCGAUAACAGCCCACUCUAUCGUCGCCGGUGUUGCCUUUGUCAUCGAGUCUUGGGCACUGACGGAAGAUGAUGUCUGUCUGAACAUGAUGCCUCUGUAUCAUGUCGGCGGGCUCAUCCGCAACAUAUUCGCACCAGUCUUCUCAGGCGGCUCAACAGUCUGCUGCCCAGCCUUCGACCCAAACUCCUUUUGGGAUGUUGUCGAGACGGGGCUGCCCACGUGGUAUUAUGCCUCGCCGUCGAUGCACUCCCUGAUCCUCGCCGAGUCGUCCCAGCGGCCCCAGGCCCUGGCCAAUGCUGAGAUCCGGCUCGUCUGCAACGCUGCCGGCGGCCUGCUUCCGUCCCUGGCGACCCAGAUCCGCGAUACCUUCGACUGCGUCGUCCUGCCGAGCUACGGCAUGACCGAGUGCAUGCCCAUCUCGACGCCGCCCGUUGGGUACAAGCUCGACCGCCCCGGCACGUCGGGUGUCACCUGCGGGCCGGAGAUGAAGAUUCUUGAUCAGGACUUCAUGGCCGUGCCUUCGGGGAAGAUCGGCCGUAUCUGUGUUCGUGGUGCUCCGCUGUUCCCGGGCUACCUCCAGCCUGAUGGGACGGUCGACACCUCAGCCCUCAGCGAGGAUGGCUGGUUCGACACGGGCGACCUGGGCUACAUGGACGAUGACGGAUACUUGUAUAUCACUGGCCGCAGCAAGGAGGUCAUCAACCGCGGCGGCGAACUGAUCUCCCCCUUCGAGGUAGAGAACGCUAUUGUCGCAGCCUCGCUCAAGUCUGACUCCCCACUGCACGGCCGCGUCAAUGCCGCGCUCGCCUUUUCCGUCCCACACGAUGUGCUGCAGGAAGUGGUCGGAGUCGUCCUCGUGACGCCCGAAAACGCGCCUCGCGUCGAUCUUAAGCAACUCCACAGCUCGCUCAAGUCAAGCCUGCAGUCGGUCAAGUGGCCCACCGUGAUCGUCUACAUGGACGAUCUCCCGAAGCGUAACAACAAGGUCAUGCGCAUAAAGCUCGCCGAGCGCCUGUCGCUGCCGAACAUGACGGAUGGUUGGGCAUACCUGGAUAGGCACUGGGACGGUGUGUGUCCUCCGCCUGACACAGAGCUGUCCACGCCGAUCAAGUGCUCGCCUUGCCCCGUUGACCUUGAGCGCUUGUUCAAAGAAAUCACGUGUAUACUCCCAGAUGGAACUUCUUUUUGUCUGCGAGCCGUGCCCGAGGAUCGAUCGCUGCAGGUGGUUCUUGCUCCGUCGGCGCCAGACAGUGAACCAUUGCACGGCAGCCUGCCUGGUUACUUGAGGGACAGGCUCUCUGCAAACGUCGCAGGCUACAUGAUUCCUCAGAAAAUCCAAACGUUGCCAACCCCCCUGCCGGAGGAUGCCGAUGGCAAGAUCGACGAUGAUGCGCUACAGGAGCGCCUUGAUCAGCUUGAAGCAUCCGCUGAUGCCAAUGGAGAAUACUCGAUACUCGGCGCAGUCACCAAGGCGUUUGCAUCGGUUCUGGGGAUGACUGCUAGAGAUAUACCUUCAGAUGGAGACUUCUUCGAUCUCGGCGGUGACUCCCUCAAGGCAGGCCGCCUUCUCUCCGUGCUUCGAGCUGAGUUCAACGUCCAUAUUCCUAUUGAUGCAAUCUUUCAGAACAGCACACCAGACUCCAUGUCAGGCGACAUCCGCCAGAGGCUGCCUGACAACUGGGACGCAUCAACACAGAGCUCGAAGAAGGAGGAGGAUUUCAUCCCAGAAGGCUGCACAGAGACAUUCUCAUCCAAGCGACCUGGCCUCAUGGCACUGCAGCUCCUCCCCAUGAUGGUCUUCUAUCCCAUCCGCCGCGCGGGCCAGUGGACCAUCUUCAUGGUGUUUCUAGCAGCAACGCAACAGUGGCGGACGACGCAGUACGUCCCAGGCCGCCUCUUCAACCUGACCCUCGCGAUCCUCGUCGCCCGCCUCGCAACAAAAGCCAUCGCGCCGUGGUUCGGCAUAGCCGCCAAGUGGCUCAUCGUCGGCCGCUACAAAGAGGGCACAUACCCGAUGUGGGGCUCGUACCACACGCGGUGGUGGCUCGUCCAGAAGAUCGUCGACAUCUGCGGGCACGGCCUCUUCGCCCAGACCAACUACACCAACAACCUGUACCUGCGGAUGAUGGGCGCCAAGAUCGGCAGCAACGUCACGCUCAAGGGCGUCCAGACGGGCGAGUGGGACCUCAUCCACAUCGGCGACGGCGCGGUGCUCGAGAACUGCACCGUCAGGCCGUUCGCCGGCGAGAGGAACACCACCAUGUACCUGGGCGCGAUCCACAUUGGCCGGAAUGCCAGCGUCGGGCUCAAGUCCAUCGUGGCGCCCGGCACUUGUGUCCCGGACGACGCGUGCAUCGGGCCCAACAGCUCCAGCUGGGAGGUCGAGGACGCGGACGAGGCCAACCGCGAUCUUCUUGUUAGCAAGAUCCCGGGUGUCCACUGGGUGCUCGAGUGGCUCGUCACAAGGCCGCUCGUCAUGGUGGCCUGGAUCUUCAGCCUGAUGCCGUGGUACGCCGGGCUGAUUGGCCUCGUCAUCUCCGAGCCGGUGAACACCAACAACCCGCUGUACAGCAUUCUUAUGUGGUUUGCUGCUACGCACAGAGUUGGUUUCCACUACCUCGCGCUCGUACUUCGAAUCAGUAUCAGUCCUUUUAUGCUCUUCGGGUUCACCCUCGUCGUCAAGUGGGUGCUCGACUCGUGUUUUGGCAUCUUGGAGCCUGGCCCUGUCAAAGCCAGGAGCGAGCUGCAGAAAUGGAGGACGAGUAUCAUCAAGAGCCUGUACGGUGUCAAGAGGCUUCACGAGAUGACGGAGCUUACCGGGCAGCACUACGAGUACACCUCUAUUGCCCUGCGCAUGCUCGGUGCGCGGGUCGGACGCCGUGUCUACUGGCCUGGCACGGGACCAUCCAUCGGCGAUUACCAUCUGCUGAACAUUGGCAACGACGUCGUCUUUGGAUCCCGCGCCAACCUGGUCACAUCCGACGGAAUCGGUUCCGAGCCCAUCAAGAUCGAGGACCGCGCCAUGAUCGCUGAUCGCGUCACCCUGCUGCCGGGCGUGGUCGUCGGCGAGAAAACAACGAUGGGUUCUGGUGCGCUGACGAGGAGAAACGGAUACUACUCCAAUGGCAGUACCUACGUCGGCUCCAAGAAGAAUGACGCGGUAUGUCUCAGCACCGGCACAACCCCUGCUGUAUCUCGCAAGGGGAGCCGGGGCCUGGACUCACUGAACAGCUUCUCGUCAGAUGGCAGCCUGAAGGAGAAGCACCGCGUCGAAGUUACUUCAUCCAGAAACAACGUCAGCGGCCUCGACCCGCAAGACGCCUCCCCAUUCGGCCGCGCGUUCUACCUCAAGCAGGCCCCAUACAAGGUCUACGGGAUGGGGACGAUCGUCAUGUACAGCACCAUGACCACCAUCCUGACCGCCCUCUACUGGAACAUCCCCUCCAUCUCCUCCAUCCAGAUCGUCGCCCGCAUCUUCCACGACCAGCACCACCUCCUCGGCCUCGAGCGCUGGUUCGACGCGCCCAUCAUGUUCGCGCUCUUCUUCAUCUUCAUCGCCAUCCUGACCACGGCCCAGACGGCCCUGGCCACCGCCAUCGUCAUCGGCGCAAAGUGGGCCCUCCUCGGCCGCAGGAUGCCGGGCAACUACGACUGGGACAAGUCGCCGUACUGCCAGAGCUGGCAGCUCUACCUGACCGUCGAGAAGCUGCGGCGGCACUGCUUCCGCGGCCACGGCAUCCUGGGCAUGCUCACGGGCACGCACUGGCUGGUCAUGUACUUCCGCGCGCUCGGCGGCACCAUCGGCGACGACUGCGCCCUGUUCGCGAACGGCAGGCCCAGCCUGAUGUUCACGGAGCCCGACCUCAUCACCAUCGGCGACCGCACCGUCGUCGAUGACGCCAGCGUGGUGGCGCACAUCAACACCAGGGGCAAGUUCGACCUCAACAGGCUGGAGAUUGGUGAGCGGUGUGUGCUGCGGUCCGGCUCGAGGCUUCUCAGCGGCGCCAACAUGCGGGACGACUCGGCACUGCUGGAGCACACCCUUGUCAUGGGCGGCGACGUGGUUGAGAAGGGCUGGACGAUGCAGGGCUGGCCGGCUAGCAGGUUCCAGGGUCGGCGGGUAAACCUGCCUAUUGCGGGCACAAGAGAUGCGAAAAGAGAGAGCAUAAACACUAUCAGCACCACCAGCACAGAUAUCUUCAGCUUGCCUGCUGAGAAGCAGGAUCCGUGUAAAUACCGAAUGUGUCUGUUUAAUUACCCAGGCAGGGUCCUUUUAACCAUUUCGCUAGAAAGACCACCCUUAGAAAAAAAAUAG